AUGUCUCUGGAAGCCAUCCGUUUGAAAGAAGAGGGAAACAUAUGUUUUCGUGAAAAGCGUUAUCACAAAGCCAUCGAACUUUAUUCGCAGAGUCUACAGAAGGAACUUUCUGCUCCUGUUUUUGGAAAUCGUGCUCAGUCCUAUCUCAAUCUGGAACAAUGGCCUGAGGCGCUCAUGGACUGCAAUCGCGCUCUGGAGCUCGAUCCCAAGUUUGCUAAAGCAUUGUAUCGGAGAGCUUGUGCUCUGGAGAAAAUGGGCCUGAAAUCUUCAGCCGUCGAGGACUUAGAGCGGUGCAUAGCCCUGGCUCCCAAUGCUGCCGCUUCUGCGCUGAAAGAGAAGUUGACUGGAAAACGUAAUGCGGAUGCUAUCCAUGUGGCUUGCGUCGAAAAAGGGAUGAGCUUCGCUCAGAUGCGGAAUUUGUUGAAAUUGGAAUAG